CUUGCCAUAAUCAUCUCGGUCUCGUGACUUCGAUCGGAAUCGGAUCAAAAUCAGAAUCGGGCUAGGAAUUUUACAAUCUCAUGUUAUCAAAUCAGGCCUGCGAAGUAUUAAAUAAUUUUAUUAUACACGGCAGGGUAAUUUCCGGCUUAUGAAAGAAAAAAUAAUAAUUUCGGACAGCUCGGCAGCCCGGCAGCAGACCAGGCAGAAGGCGGUACCGUGUACUCACUCUAAUCUCCCCCUAGGCCCCGGCGUCAGUCUCACUCUCAGCGCAGCUCCGUUUAUUCUGGCAUUUUGAUCUCGGGGCCAGGCCAGAGCCAGGCCAGGCCGAGCUGACGACUAGCGACUACUAGUUAAUGUAUCUCCGCCCGGCGACGGAUGCUGCUGAGCUGAGUGCUGUGACGAUAAUGCAAAUCAGGGAACACACUACUCACGACUACCAGUAAAUAAGUCACGGUAAAAAGAAGAACAGACUGAGCAGAGACAUGAGUGAAGAAACUGGAAACUAUGUUGUCGAUGAACGACGUGGUAGACAAUGUUGCAUGUGCAAGGUGGCGGACUUCAAGUUGACUUGCAACAAACUAAGUGAUGUCAGUUGCUGCCAGGAUGGUAUGCCGUUUUUCAUCUAUUGCUUCUACCGCUUUGUCGUCGGUGGCUAUUUCUUUGGGUUUCUCAUCUUCUUCAUAUAUUUUUCCAGCCAAGGAGUCUUUGGUGUCAAAUUCCUUAUCUAUCUGACCGAUUGGACGUACAUGCUUACCACAUUCUAUUUCUGCACAGCUACCAUUAACGUUCUCCUCAACUUUGUAUUGGAUAACAGAGGAGUAGGUGGUUCUAAUGACAAGUUUCACAGAAUCCGUCAUCAGCUGCAGUGGCUCCUCUUCAACAUUGCAAUAACGUCCUGUCUGAUUGUAACUCUUGUGUACUGGCCUAUCCUCCGGCCGAUGAUACCAGAUCCUGAGAAACCACCUCUCUACCUAGACAUGAGCAUCCACCUCUUUACAAGCAUCUUUUGUCUCCUUGACCUCUUCAUCACAAAGGUCACCAUCCAAUACCUCCAUGUCCUCUAUCCCGCCCUCUACCUUUUCACCUAUGGCAUCUUCGCUAUCAUCUACUGGGCUGCAGGUGGGACGGACCCCUAUGGGAACCCAUACAUAUACCCCAUCAUCGACUUUGAGAAUGCACCGGGAAUCGCUGUGGCAACUAUUUUUGGCAUUGUUAUAGCAGUGUUGCUUGUGCAUGGGUUGGUGAAGCUGCUGUAUUACUUGCGGGUGAGGUAUGUCGACAGACGCCAUGAGACCUCUUCGGAAGAUGAACGCGCACCGCUGAAUCCCCAAGAGCAGAGAUCAUAUGCGGUGCUUUAGGAUUAUUUUUCAGGUUUUAACCAGUGGAGUCACUUUAUAGGGAGCUUAAGAUUUGUCACAAACUUUCUGUGACUCUUUUAUUUUGAAAAAAUUCUGUUUUGCACAUAUGCAUGUGAGAGAAGGUGUAUUUUUGCAUAAGUGUAUCACAAUAUU